AGCGACGCAAGGGCGACGCAAGGGCGACGCACGCCACGGCCGUUGGGCGCCUGAGACUCAAACAUGGCAGCGCCACCUUCUCCAGGAAGGACGGCCGACCAAGCAGACCAGGUAUGCACCUUCCUCUUCAAAAAGCCUGGACGGAAAGGGGCUGCAGGCCUCAGAAAGCGCCCGGCCUGCGACCCCGAGCACGGAGAGAGCAGCAGCAGCGGGGACGAGGGCGACACAGUGGCUCAGCCCCCGCGGGUGGCACCGAGGCCCCGGGGCCUCCACAGCUGGCAGAAGGCGGCUCACGGCGACAGGAGGGGCGAGGAGGCGGCGCCUGAGAGCCUCGGCGUAGUGUACAGGUCCACCCGCUCGGCGAAGCCUGUGGGGCCGGAGGACAUGGGGGCCACCGCUGACUUCGAGCAGGACACCGAGAAGGAGCACCAUACGCCGACCAUCCUCAAGCGCAGCCAGCGGGUCCAGGAGGCACUGUGGGGUCGGGAGCACGACCACAUCUACCGGGGAAUCCACAGCUACCUGAGGUACCUGAAGCCCAAGGACACGUCCAUGGGCAACUCCUCCUCGGGGAUGGCGAGGAAGGGCCCCAUACGUGCGCCAGGGCAUCUGCGCGCCACUGUGCGCUGGGAUUACCAGCCUGACAUCUGCAAGGACUACAAGGAGACUGGCUUCUGUGGCUUCGGGGACAGCUGCAAAUUCCUCCACGACCGUUCCGAUUACAAGCUCGGGUGGGAGAUUGAACGGGAGCUUGAAGAGGGUCGCUACUGUAUCUGCGAGGACGAAAACCAUGAAGUGGGAAGCGAGGAAGAGGAAAUACCAUUCAGGUGUUUCAUAUGUCGCCAGGCCUUCCAAAACCCAGUCGUCACCAAGUGCAGGCAUUAUUUCUGCGAGAGCUGCGCGCUGGAGCACUUCCGGGCCACCCCGCGCUGCUACGUCUGUGACCAGCCAACCGGCGGCAUCUUUAACCCCGCCAAAGAACUGAUGGCGAAACUGCAAAAGCUUCAGGCUGCAGAAGGAAAAAAGAGAUGAGAAAGACUCAACUCUGUAUGCACAUUGGGGAGAAGCAGCCUGUUGAGUAAGAUGAGAGAGAUGACAGUCUUCUGCAAUCCCAUGCCUGAGUAUGUAACCAAAAGAAUUGAAAUCCGGAUCUCAAAGAGGUAUGUGCACUCCCAUGUUCACUGCAGUAUUAUUUGCAAAAGCCAAGAGGUGUAAACAACCCAAGUGUCCGUGGAUGGAUGAAUGGACAAACAAAAUGCGAUACACACACACAAUGGAAUGCUAUUAAGCCUUAACGGGAAGGAAAUCCUUUUAAAGAUUUAAACUGAUCCUUUUAAGGAUCACAUGCUACAACUAGAAUGAACCUUGAAGACGACACUGUGCUAAGUGAAAUAAACUAGUCACAAAAUGA